UUUCACGGAGGAGGAGUGGGCUCUGCUGGAUCCAGGCCAAAGAGCUCUGCACAAGGAAGUCAUGGAGGAGAAUCGUGAGAUGGUGGCCUCUCUAGCAGAGUCUCUGACACUCAAGUCUGAGCUUAUCUCCUUGCCUGGAACAGAAAAAUACAGGGAUGUUGUCCUGGACCAAUUGAGAGGUGGUGUAGAAGGGAAUCAGAAUUUUGAGGGAUCAUCUGUAAAGUAUUUCACUGCGAGUGAACACCCUAGCACACAUCUUCAAACUAACACUGGGGAGAAACCCUUUAAAUGUAUGGAGUGCGGAAAAAGCUUUAGUGAAAAUGGAAAACUUACCAUACAUCAACGAAUUCACACCGGGGAGAAACCAUUUAGAUGUAUGGAGUGUGGGAAGAGCUUCAGACAGUCUUCACACCUUACUGUACAUCAACGAACUCACACAGGGGAGAAACCAUUUCAGUGUACGGAGUGUGGGAAGUGCUUCAGUGAGAGUGGAAGUUUUACUCUGCAUCAACGAACUCAUACAGGGGAGAAACCAUAUAAAUGUAUUGAGUGUGGGAAGUGUUUCAGUGAAAGUAGAAAACUUACUGUACACCAACAAAUUCACACAGGGGACAAACCCUUUAAAUGUAUGGAGUGUGGGAAGAGUUUCAGUCAGAAUGGAAGCCUUACUGUACACCAACAAAUUCACAGAGAGGAAAAACCAUUCAGAUGUAUGGAGUGCGGAAAGAGCUUCAGUCAGAGUGGAAGCCUUACUAUACAUCAACGCAGUCACACAGGGGAGAAACCAUUCAGAUGUAUGGAGUGUGGGAAGGGCUUCAGUCAGUGUUCACACCUUACUAGACAUCAACGGACUCACACAGGGGAGAAACCAUUUAAAUGUAUGGAGUGUGGGAAGGGCUUCAGUCACAAUGGAAUACUUACUGUUCAUCUACGAACUCAUACAGGGGAGAAACCCUUUAGAUGUAUGGAGUGUGGGCAGAGCUUCAGUCACAAUGGAAUCCUUACUGUACAUCAACGAACUCAUACAGGGGAAAAACCAUUUAAAUGUAUGGAGUGUGGGAAGGGCUUCAGUCAGUGUUCACACCUUACUAUACAUCAACGAACUCACACAGGGGAGAAACCAUUUAAAUGUAUGGAGUGUGGGAAGAGCUUCAGUCACAAUGGAAUACUUACUGUACAUCAACGAACUCAUACAGGGGAGAAACCAUUUAAAUGUAUGGAUUGUGGGAAGGGUUUCAGUGAGAGUGGAGCUCUUACAAGACAUCAGCAAACUCACACAGGAGAGAAACCAUUUAGAUGUAUGGAGUGUGGAAAGAGCUUCAGACACACCUCACACCUUACUCUACAUCUACGAAUUCACACAGGGGAGAAACCAUUUAGAUGUAUAGAGUGUGGAAAGAGCUUCAGUCGGUGUUCACAUCUUAAUAUACAUGUACGAACUCACACAGGGGAGAAACCAUUUAAAUGUAUGCAUUGUGGGAAGAGUUUCAUUGAGAGUGGAGCUCUUACUAAACAUCAACGAUCUCACACAGGGGAGAAACCUUUUAAAUGUAUGGGUUGUGGGAAGUGCUUCAGUAAGAGUGUAACUCUUGGAAAACAUCAGCAAACUCACAGAGAAACAAGUGUUUAAAUGAAAGUGUUGAAUCUAUUUCAAUUAUAAUGGAGUUCUUAAGCAACAUCUAUGAACUCUCACAUGGGCGAACCCAUUUAGAUAUAGGGAAUGUUCCGAGUUUUCCC